AUGCUUGUGACUCGUGGCCGUGGCAGGUUUUCCAGCCAUGUUCUCAAGGAGUGCAUCUUGACCUUCUAUGAGCAUCACCGUCUGUGGCCCACUGGAAUUGUCAGAGCUAUGGCCUGUGUGGAUGCAUGGAGCCUUAAAUCGGGGCUUGCCCUUCAACGACUUGCUCCUUGGGACUUGUCAUGGAAGCAUCCCGAUGAUAUCGAUGAUGAAUCCCAGGAAGAGGAUGCGGUGGCUGCAUCUGACACGCUGUCUGAGCUGAGCGCCCCUGCAAGCUCCAGCAAUCUGGUUACCCCUCAAUGCAAAGGUGACCAGCGGCUGAAGAACAUCAAGCUGCAAAUGGCAGAUUGGGAUUCUUUGCAAACCCCGGUCAAACAACGUGAAAACCAUGUGAAGUCUUUGGCUGAGGAGUUAAAGAAAGCAAUGGAUGAGGCCAAAGGGAAUUCCGUGAAAGAAUCUGCACUAGUGCCAGGACAACUCCCUGACCAUGUGCUGAAAGUCAUGGAGGCCCAGGCUGCUUCGCUACCAAAGCCUUUCCCUCAAAGUGCCCAAUACAAGAACUCCAUAGAAGAUGCAGAUGAUGGGGAACGUGACACGCCCAAUGAGAAGCCCACCAAGAAAUUGCACAAGAGGAAGAAGAAUGCCAAAAAACGUCCUCCUGCUCAGAUCAAGCAUGCAGCCAAGGAUCCUAAACAGGAUGAGCAUCCAACCGACACCGAGAUCAAGCCAGCAGCCGAGGAUGAGACCUACUCCCCUACCCGGUAUGCAGAGCUUAGGAAAAAAUUCAUAGACGCCAAAAGGUCGGGUGGCAUGACUUGGCAAGAUGCCAACGCUGAGUGGAACAGUAGUGACUUGAAGCGCCGCCUUCUUUCUUGUGUAGAAUUGUCUGAGCUGAAGCGGCGCAGGUUUGUCCCAAAGGAAUGUGAAGCAAACCCAUGGGCAUCCUGA